AUGGACGUGCUAAAGGCAGAGAUUGAGAGAAAGAAACGUCAGUUACAGGAGAAUAAUUUGAUUAACGACCCCAAACGAAAAUAUUUCAAGAGAGCAGAUCUCGAAGCCAAACAGGCGCAGGAAUAUUGGAAGAAACAUAGUAACACAGCACGAUCUGAAAACUCUUCACAGGCAGAUGAAGGUCAUGAAUCGGCAACAUCAGGCGAGGGUAAGACUUCAGACAGGUUGACUCAGUUGCCAAGGAAAGAGGUGAUAAGAAGACUUCGAGAACGGGGGGAACCUAUCAAACUCUUUGGAGAAGAUGACAUUGAUGCCUACAGGCGGCUGAAGAAGCUGGAGACAACAGAGCCGGAUGUACAGGGGGAAGGAUUUGAAAAUGACUUUCAAGCUGCCAUGGAGAAGGUGGACCAGGACUAUCUCAAUGAGAUCAUCAAGUCAACAGGUGGGGAUGAGGCUAAACAGUCCAUCGAUGUCUCUGUCAAAGAUGAUGGCACCACGCUGGAAGAUCUGGCUCGCAUGCGACAAGAACUUGGACAAGGAGAUAAAGACAAAAAUCAUGAGGUCGUGCUGCGCUAUUUUAAAUUUGUCUUAAAGAAAUGGGGAGAGAAGCUAAACCAGCGAUCAGAGGAAGAAAAGCGGACAAUUAAAGGGAAAAUGGCCAGUGCAACACACUCACAAACUGUCGCAUAUCUCAAGCCAUUGUUCCGGAAAUUGAAAAAUAAAGACGUGGAUGAGGGACUGUUGGGAAGCAUUGUCGAGAUUGUCCUGUUUAUGAUGGAUAGAAAUUACAUACGGGCUAACGAUGCUUAUCUAGAAAUGGCCAUUGGAAAUGCCCCCUGGCCAAUCGGUGUCACCAUGGUGGGCAUCCAUGCUCGUACCGGUCGAGAGAAGAUUUCCUCCCGUUACGUGGCCCAUGUGCUGAACGAUGAAACACAGAGAAAGUACAUUCAGGCAGUGAAGCGACUAAUGACCCAGUGCCAGAUACUCUUCCCGACAGACCCAUCCCGCAGCUACAACUUUCUUCGACCAGCAAAUUCAUCCUAG